CAGUGUUUCCGGUGUUGAUGAAUGCCCUGCUCGGUUAAAAAAAAACGCGCUGGGGUAGGAGUCACCUCGUCGGGAGUAUUGUCUGCUCAGUAAAUACCCUUCACAGUGUAGCGUAAAACGGCGCUCAUUUGAUCGCUUUCUCGUUUUUCUUUUUGGCUCGACCACUCGCAGGCGCUCGGGGUCUAAUCACCAGCAGGCGUUUAAGAAUCCUGCAAACAGCGAACUGUUAGCUUGAGUUAGCAGCGAUGUCGGGUGUUGUGCGAGGCCCCGCUGGGAACAACGACUGCCGAAUUUACGUGGGAAACCUCCCCCCAGAUAUACGCACAAAAGAUGUGGAAGACGUGUUCUACAAGUACGGGACGAUUCGAGAUAUCGAUCUGAAGAACCGGAGGGGGCCCCCGUUCGCCUUUAUUGAAUUCGAAGACCCCAGGGACGCUGAUGAUGCCGUCUAUGGACGUGAUGGAUACGACUACGACGGCUACAGACUGCGUGUGGAGUUUCCCCGGAGCGGCAGGGGAUCCAGAGGAGGGUUUGGGAUCGGAGGAGCGCCCAGAGGCAGAUAUGGACCCCCCUCCAGACGAUCUGAGUACAGGGUCGUUGUGUCAGGGCUCCCUCAGAGCGGCAGCUGGCAGGACCUGAAGGACCACAUGCGUGAGGCAGGCGACGUGUGCUACGCCGACGUUUACAGAGACGGGACUGGAGUUGUAGAAUUUGUGCGCAAAGAAGACAUGACCUAUGCCGUUCGCAAACUGGACAACACCAAAUUCCGCUCCCAUGAGGGAGAGACUGCUUACAUUCGUGUGAAAUUAGACGGUCCCCGCAGCCCAAGUUACGGAAGAUCACGCUCUCGCAGCCGUGGCAGCCGAAGCAGGAGCCGCAGUCGGAGCGCCAGCCGGAGUCGCAGCAAUUCCCGUGGUCGUGGCAGAGGAUCGCCCCGCUACUCACCCCGUCACAGCCGCUCUCGCUCCCGUUCCUAAACUUUUCUGCCGUCGAUGUUUUGCUCCUUUUGAUGUAUACCCUCCUGUUUUUACCUUCUAUGAGUUUCUCCAGAUGUCAGCAAUUGAUUUUAAUUUUUUUUUCCCCUCCUUUUUCUUGUCCUGGUGUCCUUGUGGAUGAUCUUGGUAUGUAGUUGUACCACCCCCACCCGUGCUUCAACCCUUCCCCUCUGUCUCCUGCAGCUUUGUCCCUUCUUCUCCCCCUCCCCCUCUCCCUCCCACUCCCCUCUCUCUCCACCUCUUGCUCCCUUUUUUCUGUCCUAGAGUUUUGCAACAGUAGACAUUGUGCUGUGUCGAACUUCAAAAAUGUUGAGUUGUUUAUAACCUUCACUCAAUGUUUUUGCAAGUACUGAAAAUUUGAAGUUUUGUUUUUGUUUUUUUUCUUAUAUAUUAAAAAAAAAAAAGCUUCUCGUUGGAUAUGUGGGGUGGGCUGUUUGGACGGGGAGCCCGAUGCUUAACUGUAUUUUACCCUUGUGUCUUCCUUUAGACAUCUGAAGAGAAGGAUUAAAGUGAUUUGGAAUAAAACCAUUGUGGAGCACAUUUCAUUUGUAUGGUCAGGAUAGGACAUCUAGGAGCAAUCAGGUCGAGGCAAUGGUACGCUUCAUAUUCCAUAAAUUGAACGUUUCUGAUCGGUUGCUGUAUCAUGCAUGUCAUUUUAACAAGGCCACGUGCUGUACUUUGUUAUAUAUACAGUUUUUAACAUGCUACUUCUGACCUGUGACAGAAUAAGCAGUCCUAAAUCAAGUGUUGUGAUGUAAGUGUAACAUCUUUGCUGUCAAAUGUGGGGGAAAAAAAGUGAAUUCACUACUUUGAUGCAAAGUGUCUCACUUAAAUAUCCUCAUUGGUUUAAAUGUUUUCAGGGAGUGAUUGUUUUUGUGCUCAGUGGCAUUUAAAAAUCUGAAUCUGACAUGAGUGCUUCAACAUGGCUUAAAAAAACAAAAAAAUAGGCCCCCAAAUCUUGACAUUUUAUUCUAACGGUCUGCCUCUGAUUUUCUUCCUGGUAUUUCAAGGUUUUGAUUGGAGGAGUGGCUCAGUGGAUCCCAAUCCUUGGAGCUGGAUGAGUGGAUCGAUUAGGGAAGGGAUAGGCAAGGAUGGAUGCUCGGAACGGGAUCAGUUUUCCAGGAUUCAGAUGAGUUGAUAUCAGAACUUAAAAAAAGAAAAAAGAAAAAAACAAAUGGGAGUCUCAGAACAUUUUUUUUAUUAUUAGGCCCCCAUCCUGCCUAUCUUUUAAAGGUUUUCAGGGAUAAUGGCUUUAUUAGAAGAAAACGAAACUGAGGACCAGGAAGUUGGAUCAAAGGAUGGAGUCGUAGAUGCCUGGUAUGAAGGAAUUAAAAUUGGGGAGGUUGGGAAAGGGGUUUCACAUGGGUGUAGUUUGUAAGUUUUUAAUUUUGCUUAAUCUUUUUUUUUUCUUCCUCUUAGCAUUUUCAAUAAAACACUUUGAAACAA